AUGUCCCGGAAAUUCAUUUUUGACCGUAGGUCAAUAUCCUUUCUCCAAAUUGAGACGUUGUCCUACACGACGGACGACCUCAUCUUUAACUGGGACGACGAAGUCCCCCUGGUGGUGGACGACGCCAUCGAGCUGCCCCAACACAACCUGGUGGAGACUGCGCUCAGCGACUGUACCACCGUCUACUCCACGGGCAAUUUCACCUGCAUCCAAGUGACGUUCACGUUGAAGCGCCGGCUGGGCUACUACAUGUUCCACACGUACAUCCCGACCUGUCUGAUCGUCAUCAUGUCCUGGAUCUCCUUCUGGAUCAAGCCCGAGGCCGUGCCUGCCCGUGUCACACUGUGUGUAACCAGCCUACUCACGCUGUCCACCCAGCACGCCCAGUCGCAGAAGUCCCUGCCCCCGGUGUCCUACAUCAAGGCCAUCGACAUCUUCAUGUCCUCCUGCACAGUCUUCGUGUUCGCCUCGCUCAUGGAGUACGCGCUCGUCAACAUUCUUAUGGGAGAGACCGACGAAAGUCUCGUGUACCGUAAAGUCACCGGGGCGGUCGCGCUCUCUGCCAAGGUUACGGAGACGAGGCGGCUGUCCAACGGAGCCCCGACGCAGAAGAUUGAGACGACUCCGGCCACGUCUGGAGGUCUGCCCCGUCGCCGUGACCGCGCCCUGCUUGUCGACAAGAUCUCCAGGGUCGUGUUCCCGCUCUCUUUCGUCAUCCUUAACACCGUCUACUGGUCAGUGUACCUCGACUAUCACUGA